GUGGCUGGUGAGGUCAUGGCUGUGCCGGAGGGGGAAUUAGCACGUCAUAAGGGGAUUUGGGAACAAAGUAACGUCGCUAUCAGCGCGUCCCAGUCCGAAGUCAACCUGUGGACAAAGGCAGAAGGGAUCUGGGUGGAGUGUAAUACAUGGUUGGAGGCUGCCAACAAGAACGUGUUUGGUAAAAAAAGCCAGGCCGGGUGCUGGAGUUGUGUCCCCAUCUCGGAUGUAGCCUACACAGACAGUGUUUCAGACAAGACUGACACCUCCAAUGGAUUAACUUCUGAUUCGAGGAGCUGGGACGAGCCACUGCCUCGUGUGAACGGAGUCACAACCUUCAAGAGAAAUGGUGAAGAAGACGUCACUAGUACUGCACUACGAUCAAAGGACCUACAUCACGUGCCAAUAGAUCUAGAUGUGGACAGUAACUAUAACCUUCAAUGGAAACCUGCAGAUAGAGGGCCACAGCAGAGGGACAGACUAUCAUCAAAAGUGAAGACUACAGAGAGAUAUUCCACUGGGAAUGACUGCAGCAUAUAUAAACCUUCUAUAAAUAACAGUUGUACAGCCAGCAGUAGAACUGAGGCAGUAGAUGUCAAAGCUGACGGUUCGCUGAAUGAAAUCAGUACAAGAAGCACUUCUGUCAAAGCCUGCAUAGAGCUCUUCAAUAGAAGAUCAGCAGAGAUAGAACAGCCUCCUCAAAUCCAGCAUCAAAAACCACACAAUACAGGAUCUAACAACAGCAAUACAAGGGAUCACCGUGUACAGGCCAACUCAAUAGACAAGAACUCAAAUUACUGUCCGUCGGCACAAAAGAUCCAUCGGUCAAACCUCAGCAAUGUGAAUAAAACGCCAGACGGUACUAGAAGGGGUCAAUCAAGAACAGGCUGCAAGAUAUAUGACAGAGAGGUUGACAAAGGGUUUAUUCCAGGGCACCAGAGUCUACGAAAGGGAAAUUCUGGCAGUCUGUCUGUGUCUGAGUCAGGCAGGACAAGCAUUAGAGUUGGGAUUCGUAAGGAAAGUUCAACUGUCCAACAGAAAUCGCGUAUUGGAUGUGGCGAACAGAAAUCUCACCCAGAUUCCAAACCAGACGUUGUAACCACAGUUAUCAAACAGUCCUCUCCAUUUGAACCUGACCCUGGGUACACGAUUGCAGACUACAGACAGGCGCAGCGGCAGUUAUCCAAGAUGAACGGUGGUGGGGGGAAGCAGCGGCGGAUCCAGCAGGCCCUGUUCAUGAACGGCCACACCAGUAACAUCCUGGAGAGUAUGGUGGGGGUGGGGGACAUGGUACUGCUGGAUCCACUCACAGAGGAGGCCUGCAUCAACAACCUGAAGAGGAGGUUCUACGCUGAAGACAUCUAUACAUACAUUGGCCAGGUGGUGGUGUCAGUCAACCCUUACAAGAAGGUUCCCCUGUUCAGUCCCAGCACUAUUCAGACCUACCGGGGCAGGAACUUGUACGAACUGCCACCACACAUAUAUGCCAUAGCAGACGAUGCCUACAGGUCCAUGAGAGACAGGAACAGGGACCAGUGUGUCAUCAUCACGGGCGAGAGCGGGGCGGGGAAAACAGAGGCGAGUAAGAUAGUGAUGCAGUAUGUAGCUGCAGUGUGUGGGAAGGGAGAGGAGGUGGACAGAGUGAAGGAACAGUUACUGCAGUCUAACCCGGUGUUGGAAGCUUUUGGGAAUGCAAAAACCCUCAGGAAUGACAACUCUUCCAGAUUUGGAAAGUACAUGGAUAUAGAAUUUGAUUUCAAGGGAGACCCCAUAGGUGGUGUCAUUACAAACUAUUUGUUAGAAAAGUCUCGUGUAGUUAGGCAAACAGAAGGAGAGAGAAACUUCCACAUUUUCUACCAGUUGUUACAAGGAGCACCACAAAGUCUACUAAAUAAGCUGCGCCUGUCCAGCACGUGUGAGAAGUACGGUUACCUGAACCAGAGUCACUGUGUGGCCGUCGACACUAUCGACGAUGCAGCCCACUUCCAAGUAACGGAGAAUGCCAUGAGAGUCAUAGGGUUCACAGAAACAGAGAUCACCCAGGUGUUCGAGGUGGUGGCGGCGGUACUCAAACUGGGCAACACCGAGUUUGAGUCUUUCAUCUCUUUCAAUGGCACAGAGGCCUGCAAUCUGACCAAUGAACACACGAUUGAGGAAGUCUGUAAGAUGAUCCAGUGUGACCCUGAGCAGUUGAAGCAGGCACUGACUAACCGUACCAUGGACAUCUGUAUCACUGGUCUGGCCGAGAGGGUGGUGUCCACUCUCAGCUCUGGACAGGCUGUGUAUGCCAGAGACGCCCUGUGUAAGGCCAUGUACUCCAGGCUCUUCUCCUGGCUGGUGGGCAGGAUCAAUGACAGCAUCAAGGUUCGCUCAAGAGGGAAGAAAAAAGUCAUGGGAGUUCUGGACAUCUAUGGGUUUGAAGUCUUUGAGAAGGACAACAAUUUUGAGCAGUUUGUCAUCAACUACUGCAAUGAGAAGCUGCAACAGAUCUUCAUAGAACUGACCCUGAAGGAGGAGCAGGAUGAGUAUGUACAGGAGGGUAUUGAGUGGACACACAUUGAUUACUUCAACAACUCUAUCAUCUGCCAACUCAUAGAAAAGAAAAACACAGGGAUCCUGGCUAUCCUGGAUGAGGAGUGCCUUAUUGGUGGGAACGCGUCGGACCAGAGUUUCCUGAACAAGCUGAACGAAGUGUGCAUCAGGCACGAGCACUACGAGAGCAGGAAGAAGAAGAGCUGCAGGUCGGACAAAACCCUCCCGUAUGACUGCUUCAGACUCAGACACUAUGCUGGAAGUGUAACAUACAGUGUCCAGGGUUUCCUGGAUAAGAACAAUGACCUCCUGUUCCGUGGCCUGUCCCAGACCAUGUUCGGAUGUGACCAUCAACUGGUCAAGAAGCUCUUCCCAGAUGGCAACCCGAGAAGACAGACGAAGAAGAGACCCCCCACUGCAGGCACACAGUUCAAGAACUCCGUAGCAGAACUGAUGAAGAACCUUCUGGCUAAGAACCCCAACUACAUCAGGUGUAUCAAGCCCAAUGAUGUGAAGAGCCCAAACAUGUUUGAUGACUCAGUGGUCAGGCAUCAGGUCAGAUAUCUCGGUUUGAUGGAGAAUGUGAGAGUGCGGCGUGCAGGUUACGCGUACCGGCAGCCGUACGACCAGUGCCUGCAGCGGUACAAGAUGCUGUGUCCCACCACGUGGCCCAACUGGCGCGGUCACCCCAAGGAGGGACUGCAGACACUCCUGACACACCUCCGGGUCAAACCUGCAGAGUACGCUAAAGGGAGGACAAAACUCUUCAUCCGCAACCCAAGAACACUGUUUGACCUUGAGGAGAGAAGAAGAGACAAGAUGGAGGACCUGGCUAUCCUGAUCCAGAAAGUGUUCCGUGGCUGGCGGCAGUGGAAGCUGUACCAGGCCAUGAGAGCCAGUCAGAUCCUCAUCUCAGCACAGUUCAGAGGAUACAGGCAAAGAAAGUCGUACCAGCUGCAGAGAAGUUCUGCCAUCACCAUUGCUGCAUUCUUCCGAGGAUGGAAGGCACGCCAGCUGUACAAGCAGAUGAAGUAUGAGAAACUAUGCAUUUGGUCCGUCGGAAUCAUUCGCAAAUACUACUUGGGUUGGCAAGCCAGGAAGCUGUGCAGGCAGCUUAGGCAUGAGAAACGCUGUGUUUGGGCUGCCAAUGUCAUUCGUGCUUACUACAUUGGGUGGAAAGUGCGUAAGGAGUACCGGAAGCGUUUCCGUGCCAAUGCAGCCCCGAAGAUUGUCAGCUUCCUGAGAAACUGUGUGAGGAGAAAGUACCUGCUGUUCCUGCAUUCCAGACUGGCCACCCUGCCGCGGUCACUGCUGAGUCACGAGUGGCCGAGGUCCCCCCUCAUCUGUCACACCACCAGCAAACACCUCAGGAAGAUCUACCAUGGCUGGAGGAUCAUUCCAUCCUUCUACCCACCCCUGACCAGUCGAAACUGGCCCAUCGGGCCCAAAUCGUGCCGAGAGGCCAGCCUGCAGCUCUGGAGGAUAUACCACACGUGGCGGUGUCGGAAGUACCGUGAGAUGUUGGAUGAGGAAACACGGCGCAUCAUGAGGGAGAAACUCAGCGCCAGUGAGAUCUUCAGGGGCAGGAAAACUCUCUAUCCUGAGACAGUUCCAAGACCCUUCAAGGGAGACUAUGUCCAGCUGCGACAGAACGUGAACUGGCGCCGAAUGACGGAGUCAACGGGAGAACACGAGGUCCACUUCUCGGACAUCGUGUACAAAAUCAACCGCUCUAACGCCAAGGACAGUCUGCGGCUGAUGGUGAUCUGUGAUGCCUCCAUGCUGAUUGUGAACCAGAAAACCCUGGCUAUCAAGUACAGACUGCCCAUUACAGAGAUUGCGGGAAUCUCCGUGAGUCCGUUCAUGGACAACCUGUUUGUGAUCCACAUUAACCAGACGGGAGAGGAGGCGAGCAGGAAGGGGGAUUUUGUCUUCCACAGCGAGCAUCUGGUGGAGAUUGUGAGCAAACUGAGGGACCAAGCCGAGCGUGCCAAGGGCGCACUAGUACCUGUCAGAAUAUCCAACACGUUCAGUGCGCAGUUCAACGGAAAGGGAAUCCAGGUAGAGUUUGUGGAGACCGGUCUGAACGGGAAAAUGCCAGUGUGUAAGCGCAAAGACGACCAGCUCGACGUCCUAGUAUGAGAGGACCCAGUCCAGCUGCCCAUUGUAUGUCAAGAAAGUGCCUGUAAAAGCUGACAACUUUUCCAACUCGAUGAUGAUAAGGGAGUGUGUAUAUUUGCUAGUAGGAUUUUGUAUGUUCUAAUACAUGUCAUACGUGUGAAUGUUGAAGUGUAAGUGUUAGAUUUGGUUAAAGAUAGGAGUAAGUCUUAGUGGCCUGUGAUGCUGGACUAGGACCAGACAUUCUGUAUACAGUACAUGUAUAUUUGAGUGUGUUUCUAUAUUCAGUAUAUGAGUGUAUACAUAACGUUAUACAUAUAUUUAGAUAACGUACUUAAGUCUGUGAUGCAGGUCUACUGUGCGUAACUUCAUACACCUUUAUGAAAAUUAGGUUAACAGGAAUCAAUGCCAUGGUAAUUUUCUAGCUACACUAAGGGUAUUUCAAAUCAAUUCAAAGAUGAAAUACUGAUGUACUGAUGAGAGAGGAAAUUUUGUGUACAAAUGUAGGUUGUAUUGCAGUGUUUUCCUUGAUAAUAUAGCUCUGACUUUUAUUUGAAAUAUUUCCUUAUGUACAAGGCUUCCUAGAGCAUUUCCAUGAUAGCAAAAGUUUAUUAUUGUGUUUUUUUUCAAUCAUCUAGAAAUGCUUGUAUUUUGUGCAUAAACAAAGAUUUGAUGAUCAUUCUGGACUCUUUACAUCAAAAGAAAACACUCAAAGUCUGAAACUGAAUCAGAUGGUCCCCAAGUAUGGAAGUUGAAGGAAUUUUGCCUUUCUGGUGCUUCAUGCUUUACAUUUAGGUAUUUUUAGAAAGCUACUUAAUGUCUAAGCAUAAACAAAAGGUUCAGGGAUAUAAGUUAACAUUAAUCAUAGACAGUUUCAGUUUUGAAAAGUAGAAUAUGAAGUUACAUACAUUUCUAUUGAAUGUAUUUCUUACACAAACAUCUUUUUCUGCUCAGGCUUAUUUAAUUAACUUCCAGACAUAACUUUGUUUAUGGUCAACUAGUGCAUCUUACUAUUGGUAAGUACAUACAACAUCAUAUGUUCUGUAUACAGUACUAUGCAAUUAUAUAGUUCACUUCAUAUACAGUUGUAGUAUUAAUGCCAUACAUUUAUACAGUAUUCAACAUAUUGUUAGUUUCGAAUGUUGCUAUCCAAGAGAUCAUUGUUUCCAUAAUUUUCUUAAGCAUUUUUGUUGUAUAUAUGAAUUGAUAAUAAUCUAUGCUGCAAAUGCAUAACAGCUUAAGCUAAUAUAGGUUUUCAUAACAAUAAUUGGUCAGCAAAUAAGGUUAUGAUUAUGAGAACAAUAAGUAGAUCAAUCAGUGCAAUUAGUGUAAAUUUUGUAACUGAACGGAAUAAGUUCACUUUCAUGAACAAAUGGUUUAGAAUACAACAGAAAGCAAGUACAUGUAACUUUAGUUAAUUUCCUGUUGCUGUGUUGAAUGCCAAAGAUGUUUAUAUUAGUUUAAUUAUACGUGUACAUGUAUCUAGUUUCUUUGUCAUGUAUUCAGAACAAGAUAACAUUGAGCUUCAAGGUGGAAUCACCAUGUGGUGCCAUAGACAUUUCAUAGUACCGAUCCAGUGCGAAACAAGGGAAAAACUUCAUUUUAUUUAUAGUAUUACACACUUGGCAAAAUGACUUGUACAAGUUAGUCUUGUUCCUACUCCUUUAUUUUGACCUGCCACAAAAGUAGAUUGGUGAUAUGCCAAACUUAAGACUGAAAAUUACAUGUACCCCUCCUCUCUGUAUGAUUACUUGAUCUUUUAUGUAGAAUUAGUCUUGUAGUCCAUCCUUGAAUGGUUUUAUGAAACAAAUUUUGGUGAUUACAAAUGGCUAUGACAUAAACACACGUGAGGCAAGUUAACUUCACAACACAUCAUCAUCACUUCACUGUAUUUUUAUACCAUUAACAAUUUCAGAUAGAUUAUUAACAUUGUCAAAGUUACUUAAUAUGAUUAUUAGCUGAUUUAAAUUAUAUGCAAUGUUUAUAAGUCACUUAUACAGGUUAGCAAUGCAACCUAAAACUUUCAGUAUUUCUGUAUAUACUAGACUUAUUCAGGAAGAAAAGGCAGUGUUUCUGAGAUAUUACCAAACGGAAAUAUCAUUAUAGAAGCCAUCUCUUAGAUACUAUUUGUCUUGACUGCAUAUUGCUAGAUUCAAUUGUUCAAGUCGGAGUGCAGAGUGUUUUAUCUAAUAGUUUCUGCAUUUUUGUUUCGUUUGUUUCACUUAACCGGUAAACCAUCUUUAGGCAUAACAUUUUAUCAAGAUUAAUCUAGAUACAUGUAAAGUAACUUUUUUUUCUAAUUAUUUUCCAUUAAUACCCAAGAAUUGUACUUAAGAAAAUUAUAAUUUAUUAUUGCAGUAAUAAUUUGGAAUUUGGUGAUUGGGUACCUUACUAGUUAUACAUAUGAACAUAUAUAAACAUGACUUAUAGUAUAGACUCAAACGGAACAACAUUACACUUCAUUGUAAGAUUCUGUUGGGUGAAGCUUUGGGUUAUAUCAAGGAAACACAUUUUAGUACCAUUAUUAGAUACAAUAUCUCACUGUGAUUGUAGUGAGCUAUCUUUGAUACUGAACUGGAUGUUGGCAACUGCCAUGAUGAUGAAUAUAAGACAUUGCAGGAUCUUUGCAAAUAUGUC